GAAAGGAUUCCACCCGUCCAUCUGCUUUUCCAUUGCUUGAAAAAGAGUCCAGCACUAUCGUCUUGCUCUUCUGUUAAAAUGGCAAGCAGCUCAUGUAGUAGAAAAAGGCAGCCUUUGGCUAAUAAGGAGCCACUUCAGACCACAGAAGAUCCUGAAAUAUUCAUGAACCAUCCGGCUCCAGCAAACAGCCGUUACAAACCCACUUGCUAUGAGCAUGCUGCUAACUGUUAUACUCAUGCGUUCCUCAUUGUUCCAGCAAUUGUGGGUAGCGCUCUCCUCCAUCGUCUCUCUGAUGACCGGUGGGAAAAGCUAACUGCGUGCUUGUAUGGAGUUGGCCUCUGUGCACUCUUCAUUGUAUCCACAGUGUUUCAUAUAAUUUCCUGGAAAAAGAGUCAUCUGAGGACCAUGGAGCACUGUUUUCAUAUGUGUGAUAGAAUGAUGAUCUAUAUCUUUAUCGCAGCAUCCUAUGCACCGUGGUUAAAUCUUCGUGAGCUUGGACCUCUGGCAUCCCAUAUGCGUUGGUUUAUCUGGCUUAUGGCUGCUGGAGGAGCCAUUUAUGUAUUUCUCUACCAUGAAAGGUAUAAAAUUGUGGAGCUUUUUUUCUACUUAGCAAUGGGUUUUUCUCCAGCUUUAGUAGUAACGUCCAUGAACAAUACUGAUGGACUUCAAGAAGUCGCCUGGGGAGGCUUAAUUUAUUGUAUGGGAGUGAUCUUCUUCAAGAGUGAUGGGAUCAUUCCAUUUGCCCAUGCUAUCUGGCAUCUGUUUGUUGCGACGGCUGCUGCAGUUCAUUAUUACGCUAUCUGGAAGUAUCUUUACCGAAGCCCGGCAGAUCUCAUCCGUCACUUAUGAUACACAACACGGCUCCAACCUGCACUAUGCUUCCAACUCAGUAUUAUUUGGGUAAAAGAUUCUGGAGAAAUAUUGCACAGGGGGGAAAUGCACUGACUUUGAUAGUUUUAUGAACACAUUUACUGUGAACUAAAAUGAGUUCUUGAAUUGCUGUUCAUAGAUGAAGUGCUAAACGCACAAUUCUCCAAACAUUUUUUCCUGUGGAAGUCCCUACUGAAAUAAAUGAGAGUGGCGCAAGUGUGGUACACAGCUUCUGCUCAUUUCAGUGUGGCUUGCACAUGAGCAUUUCCCUUCUAUAUUGCACAUGCUGUCAGUGUUCAACGGCUACAAUACAACACAAAGUAUUGCACACUUAAGUCCAUUGAAAUCAAUGGACUUUAGAGCAUGCCUAACUUUCACUUUGUGGGUAAAGAGACCACAUACUACAUUACUAACAGUCCAUUCCACAUUAACAGGAAAAACAGUGUAAAAAUGACUGGCUGUCUGAUGUUUACAAAUUUUUAAAAAGUGUAUUUAAUGGGUUUAAUUUUUUGCAACUUUAAACUAAAUGACAGUUUUGAAUUAUGGAAGUUGAUGCAGUAGCAGAGACUUAAUUCCUUUUUUAAGUUGCUUUCUACCACUUUUUCAUAAACUGUUUUAUUACAUUCAGAUCACAGACAGAACAAUGUAGCUUUUCCUCACCGCUUGUCCUAAUGUGACUUUUACUAAAAACAACUGUUUUGUAAAUGAAUUUUAAAAGUACACACGCUAAAUAAAAAUGUAUCUGCUGUUGUGCAGUCGAACCAACAGGGAAACUGAGAGAAAUGGCUACAUUCCACACAAUGUGCUGACAGAUAUACCUCUUGCAAAGGUUUCUAUUGAAACAGUGUGUUAAACAAUUAUGGAUUUCAAAAUGAGCUCUGCAAAGGCUUUAACCUGAAGACUUGUUACCUUCCACAAGACACUGAAUGGUUUGAUUUGGGUUCACUGUAACAAUAUGAGUUUUGCUGACUUAACACAUGAAUUUGUUUUAGAUAUGGUAAAAGUACUCUGGAAAUGUGGCACCAGUACAACAAGCAACUGGCAGUUACCAUUCUUAGCCUAAAUCACUCUUGGAAAGCAUAACUGGUUUUAUAAAUGUAUCAGACACUUUGGUGCUCAAAUGACGAGGCUUACCACAAUUUAGGCAGACUGUUCUCAUUGGAUAUGGGUAGGAAGUUUGUCCCUCACUCCUUCUGUCCUUCCCCGACAUAGCCUAUAAAGUUUUGAGUAUUAAUAGUUAAUUACACCCAAAUGGCCUUUUCAGGGAGCGAAGCUUGAAUAACUUGAUAGGUCUCAUCAGUUCUGGGACAAAGUAGCAAAACCGGGCUUUAAGUGUGCUGCUUUUUAGUAUUCGGGACAAUGAAAUGUGGUAGCAAUUUGAUUGUAGAACAUGUGCAUUGAAUAACAAGAUUUUAGAAUCUCACUGUAAUGACUUGUGUCCAGUUACUGUAGUGUGUCCCACUGUACUAUGAAUGUCUUAUAUUAAGAUUGAAUUUAUUCUUUUUCUAACUUGCUCUUUUUCAUGUCAGUGUUUUUAAAAAAAACAACAACAGAAACAACACGUUGUCUUUUUCAGAUUUUACUCUGGAUAUUUUGCCUGUCAACAGUAGACCUGUAUUAUAGGGAUGGCUUUUUUUUCUCCCCAAGGUAAUAUAUAAUUUCUUCUAGUCUUGCCAGUGGUUUGUUUCGUAUUUUAGAAUGAGGUGCACUUGUAAGACAUUUUGCAGGAAGGGACAACUGUUAAGAAAACCAUAGGGCAUUGGAAGUCUGCUUCCACACAGUAUUAGCCAAUGUCUACCAAACAGUCCCAUACCAGAGUCACUUCCAAAGCAUGGCAGGGCUCCAGAUUGCACAUAGAGCUCUGGAGAAAUAGGAUCACACUGCUCUUGUUGAUAUUGUUAUAUGUUCCACAUGUACAAUUGGAAAAGGGUGGAGAUGCUUAUCAAAAUUCCUAUGUUAUUGGAACCUCUGGAUGGGGCAGAGCUGGUUAGAUUUUCUUAGUAGCAUGAAAUUGAAACAGCAGAACAGACUGUGAAAGUCCUGGAACAUCUGAAUGCCUCAGCUUUUUUUAACUUAAUGUGUUUGACUUUAAUAUAUUCACUUUUUUUGUGAGUUCAUCUACUCUGUUCAAGUGCAGUACUGUUAAUACCACUAAGAUAUAUGUAAAGCUCUUAGCUUUUGUCGAAACUAUGAAACUGGCUCCAGUUAGUCCUGCUGCCUUUAUGGUAACUUCUUAUGGUCUUUUUAAUGUGUGUGUGUGUUUUUAAGAGUGAAAAGUUGUUUGCUUUUUUUAAAAAAAGAAGAAGAAUCAAACUCGCCAAAAAUACUUUGAAUUCGGUCUAG